AUGACGCCCGAGGAGAAGGCCCACUUUGACAAGUUCGGCAUGCUACCCAAGAAGUCUCUCGCUACCCACAUGCUCGGCAAGCGCGACGAGGGAAGGCAACAUUUCGAUUCGGCAGAAUGGGCCAAGGGUCUGCAGAACAAGAAGGGACCCCUCGGCAAGGUGCAGAACGACUAA